AUGAAGCUUAAUUGUGCAAUUAAAACUAUUGCAGUUAAAAUACUACAUCGCAGACAAACCAAAAAUGAGCUCAACAAUCACAACUCAAAGGUCGUCACAUUUUUUCAUAUGAGUGAAUUAAUAUUGAAUAAAUUCGGAAUUUAUUUUUUAUCUAUUCAUGGCAAAAAAGACUUGUUACAACAAAAACCAGAUUUAAACGUUGAAAAAAUUAUCAAAAAAUAA